CCGUCCCGGGCUCCCGGCCUCGCGAGCUCGAAACACGCCGGCGCCCAUGUCGCAGUAGGGCUGACCAAAACCCUAACCCUAACUUCCUCCUCCUCCGCCCUCCACCUGUUGCCGUAUACAUGGACGCGAAGGACAUCCUCGGGCUCCCGAAGACCCCCUUCUCGUCCUCCCAGGAGAAGAAGUCGCGGCCGCCCAAGGAGCCGCAGCGCAAGCCCGAUGGCGUCUCGCGCGAGGUCUAUGCGCUCACAGGAGGGGUGGGAAUGGCCCCGCUCAUGCCGACUAUCGAGGCAUCACACCUGAAGCGGCGGCCUGCUGCGGAGAAGGAGAAGGUAGCAUGGCAGUGGUUACCUUUCACAUCCUCUGCGCGAACUGACAACCUUCAACUCUAUCACUGGGUUAGAGUUGUUAAUGGUGUUCCACCAACUGGUGACUAUCAGUUCGCAAAAUAUAACAAGAAAGUGGAUGUUCUUAAAUACACAGAUGAGGAGUACGAGAAGUAUUUAAUUGAUCCUGCUUGGAGUAGGGAGGAAACAGACCAGCUUUUUGAAUUAUGUGAACGGUUUGACCUUCGAUUCAUAGUAAUAGCAGAUAGGUUUCCAACUUCUCGCAGUGUGGAAGAUCUGAAGAGCCGUUACUAUUCUGUUUCUCAGGCUCUUUUAAUUCAUAGGGCCCGGUCAUUCGAUGAUGUUUCUGGGAACCCCCUUGUGAAGGAUAGCUAUGAUGCUGCUCAUGACACUGAGAGGAAGCGUGCGCUAUCAGCUCUUCUCUCCCAAACUAAACAGCAAGAACGAAAGGAUGCUGAGACUUUGGCAGAAGCAAAACGCAUUAUGGAAUCUCGUGCUGCUAGCAAAACUGUGGAUGAAGCCGGCAUGCCUUCGAGCUCUGAUAAUGCUAUGGUUCCUGUUGAUGGUGUAUCUCCCUUGACUAGCACUCAUCCACCACUAACACAUCCAAAUACAGCAGCGAACAGCUCCAUACCUAAUUCACUACGAGCGCUUCGAGUGUAUUUGAGAACCCAUGCGCUUGAUCAAAUGGUCCAAGCAGCAAGUGCUUCAGCUGGCCUUAGAGUUAUCAAACGGGUUGAUCAGACACUACAAGAUCUAGGGGUGAAUUUGAAGCCUAAGGUUCCAACGAAAGCAGUUUGUGUAGAACAUCUUGAAUUGCGGAACGAGAUACUCACAUUGCUUAACUUACAGAAGCAGCUGCAAAAUAAAGAGGCAGAAGUUUCAGCUAACCGAGAAAGUUCCUUCACGGAGGCACCAAGCACACCUAAGCGUUCUAACAGAGAUAUUGAUCGUCCCUUUGUCCCUGAUACAGUUGGGUUUACAGGUGAAAGAGCAGGCAAACGGGAUCACAAGCGGAAGAACACUGGAAGAUUUAUAGAUGCGCCUCCGUCACCACCCCAAUCCAAGAGGCCUAGGAAAUUGAAGGGAUCAGAUUGAUAAUGCUGUCCAAAUAGCCGACGGAAACAUUUCUUUAGUCAAACAACCCUGUAAUGCCAUAUCAUACUGAAUCUAAACACAAUAUUUUCCUAGUUAUCUACUUACCAUUUCAGCGCAGAUGAUUGAGUUUUACAACAUAUUUGAAUCAUGCAUCACUUUCAGGCUUGCAUCUAGAGAUGAACAUCAACAAAAUAGGUCAGUUCCGGCCUUGGUGGAAGUCAGUGUGGAAUUCAGAUGGUCAAUCUUGCAGGAAUCCGCUUCAUGGCUAGAAGAUGUGCAUGCCCUGUCUCUGGCUCUCUUCUGGGUAGACCUGGAAUCUUAUCUUGGCCGGAUAUUCGAUUCAGUUUUGUAUUUGUAAUGUAUGUCAUGUAUGUAGAGGUAAAUGUGAGAUCAAAAUCCUACCUGUUCAGCUGAUUUCCGAGUUGAUCUUAGCACCGGUGUUGUUAGCGUAUGUUGCUAUAGUUUGGCAAGCUUCUCAUGUAUGGGACCCAUAAAGCUGUCA